GAUUGAGUCUUUUUAAGGUGCUAGUAGGCAUGCGUUGCGUGCAUAUGAGCGGCUGCGUAAAAAAGAAUUCACAGAAGUUAAAUUAACGCAUGCAAGAGCAAUACUGGCCUGGUUGGAGAGGAAGCCGAGGCACCACUUUUCAACGGUGAACCCCCCUACAGCUCAUUCUGCAUAGCCAACCCAACAAACCAAGCAACACAAAUCCGAUUCAUUCCCCUCCCAAGCUCCAAUCCCGCGAAUUCUCAAGCGUGGUCGUCAUCAUCAUCACCCAGCAUGAUCCGUUUCAUCCUGUUGCAGAAUCGGCAGGGGAAGACGCGGCUGGCCAAGUACUACGUCCCGCUCGAGGACUCAGAGAAGCACAAGGUUGAGUAUGAGGUGCAUCGGCUGGUCGUCAACAGGGACCCCAAGUUCACUAACUUCGUUGAGUUCCGUACGCACAAAGUUAUCUACAGGAGAUAUGCAGGACUAUUUUUCUCAAUAUGUGUAGAUAUCACGGAUAAUGAGUUGGUAUACUUGGAAUGUAUCCACUUAUUUGUGGAGAUAUUGGACCAUUUCUUCAGCAACGUGUGUGAACUUGAUUUAGUAUUUAACUUCCACAAGGUUUACUUGAUAUUGGAUGAGUUUAUUCUCGCUGGAGAGCUGCAAGAAACAAGCAAAAAGGCGAUUAUAGAGAGAAUGGGUGAACUUGAGAAGCUGGAUUAAGAAGAAACUGUGUUGCCAGCGUGCAUGGGGAGAUAACUAAACGCAAGAGCAAUACCUAUUCCUUCUGCCAUGUCGAAGAAUUUUCUCCGUUUGUACAAUUCUGUUGUACUCCCUCCGUCCGGAAAUACUUGUCAUCAAAAUGGAUAAAAAGGGAUGUAUUUAGACGUAUUUUAGUUCUAGAUACAUCCUUUUUUGUUCAUUUUGAUGACAAGUAUUUUCGGACGGAGGGAGUAGCUGUUAUUAUGAUUACCCCUGGUUCACCAACUUUCUUUAUGGCUGCUUCCUAGAAAUGGCUGCUUUCUAGAAAAAACAUUAUGAUGGUUGCUUGGUGGGGUUCGUUGUGGAUCGUUCUGUAACUAGGUGCCAUGGAAUUCCUUGCCAUCUUUGCGCAUUUCAUUAACAAUCAUGAUGGCAGUCUUUUUUCCAA